AUGGCAAGCACGGAUGAAACAACGGAGUUAUCAUGUCCUGAUAACGACAUGAUGAACCCCGCCUUGACAAUGACAACGCAGGUCUCUGCCAUUUUGGUUUUGUCCCAUGUUUUUCAGAUUUUCCUCAAGCCUUUGGGCCAACCUGCCCCUCUUGCUCAGAUCCUCGCAGGGUUCGUGCUAGGUCCGUCGGGCUUAUCCAGAUCACCAUCAAUUCACUUCUUCUUCUUUCAGAAUUUCGCUAUAGAUUUCUACGAAAGUAUGGCAUUAUACUGCAGAAUUAGUAUCAUGUUUCUUAUGGGUCUUGAGAUGGACAUUCCAUAUCUAAUGCGAAACAUACGUCCUGCAAGUAUAAUCGCGUGUGGUGGUUGCCUAAUGUGCACAAUAUUUGCAGCCGCAAUUUCUUUCUUCGUGUAUGAAGAAACAGGAUCUCGUGGAUCACGUUUCACAGUGGCUUUAGUAAUCACAGUGAUUUUAGCCAACACUGCAUCACCAAUCGUGUUUCGGUUGGCUGCUGAUUUGAAGUUUGCAACAUCUGAUAUAGGAAGAUUAGCUGUAUCUGCUUCAUUGAUUGGAGACAUGUAUGCUGUAUUUAUAUUGGUCAUAAUCUCGGGUGAGAAAAAUAAACGAACGGUCAAUGGUUGGGCACUUAUGGCAUUUUUUUCGCUUUUACUACUCGUGGUUAUUAUUUAUUUCACAACACAUUUAGUUAACUGGCUAAAUAAAAGAAACAGAAAUGAAAAAAAUCUUCAAGCUGUAGAAGUAAUGUUACUCUGUUCUGUCAUUCUUGUUGCUGCCAUGACUUUAGAAACUAUGGGAUUUAGCAGCAUUAUAGCUUGUUUCUUGAUGGGGUCCACAUUCCCUCGGGGAGGGAAAUCAGCAAGAACCUUGUUAGCUAUUCUCACAUAUACGGUUCACAACUUCAUCUUCCCUAUCUACUUUGGUUACACCGGGUUCAAAGCAGAUACGAGUUACUUAAACGAGUUGAAAAGGGUUAUUAUUGUUCUUAUGGUAAUUGUGUUGAGUAUUGGUGGCAAGAUUUUCGGGACACUUGCUGCUUGUCGUUAUUUGAAAACACCGUUAAACGAAGGGGUUCUUCUUGCUGUUUUAAUGAACAUGAAGGGGCACGUCGAUAUUUUGACCUUGACAACAGCUAUGCAGAACAAAGUGUUGAACAGCUCAAUAUUCUACAACUUAAUGGUUUCAGCUGUAGUGAUUAGUUCCCUAAUCUCGGCUGCACUAAUUGGUUUCUUGGUAAGGAGAGAAAGCUACACAAUCGGUCUGAAACACAUACCGAUGGAGUUUCACAGACCUGAGAAGGAACUAAAACUGCUCGCGUGUGUUCACAGUCGACAUCCUGUCAAUUCUAUGGUAAGGCUCAUUGUGUCACUAAGAGGGUCCGAUAACAUUCCUAUUUGUCCAUACUUAAUGCAUUUGAUUGAGCUUCCUGAGAAAACAAAGAAAAGUUCUGCAUUUUAUGAACAAGAAGAUGAUGAAAACAGUGAUGAUGAAGAUGAUAGUAGUAAUGAUGUGGUGGAAAUAAAUGAGGCUGUUGAUAUGUUCACUGAAGAAACACAAAUGAUGAUUCAUCAAGUUCAAACAGUAGCACCGUUUACGAGCAUGUGUCAAGAUGUUUGUGACUUUGCUGAUGACAUUCGGGCUUCAUUUAUAGUUCUUCCUUUUCAUAAGCAUCAAAGGAUAGAUGGGAAAUUCGAGAAUGAUAAAGACGGUAUAAGGACUACUAAUCAAAAAGUGUUGAGAAAUUCUCAAUGCUCGGUGGCUAUUCUUGUGGACCGUGGACAUACUACUACAGGUACACAAGCUGCAGGUUCUGAAUCUUUGCAGCAAAUUGCAACUUUGUUUUUUGGUGGGCCAGAUGACCGUGAGGCAUUGGGGUUUAGUAAACGUCUUAGUACACAUCAUCAUUCUAGCGUUACUGUAAUUAGGUUUCUCCCAACGUCAGCAAAAGAUCCUAACUCAGGGAUUAAUGUUUCCCAAAAGGAGGAUGAUGUUUUAGUUGCUAUAGAUAACGAAACAGAGAUCGACGAGGCUGACAGUUCAGCCUUGGCAAAUUUCUAUCACAGGUACGUUACGUCAGGGAAAGUGAGAUUUGUUGAAAAGUAUGUGGACAACGGGGCGCAAACAGGAAUGAUAUUGAGAGACAUGGCAGAGACCUACUCAAUGUUUAUAGUAGGGAAAGGUGGUAGGGGAGACUCCAUUUUAACUACUGGAAUUAGUGACUGGGAAGAGUGCCCCGAGCUUGGCGUAGUAGGUGAUUUCUUGGCUUCUAGUGAAUUUGAUAUUAGUGGUUCAGUUUUAGUUGUUCAACAACAUAGAUGA